AGUCGAUGACGUCCUGCACUUCUGGGAAUUCGAUAAGCGUGUUGACGACCUAAGCAAAGCGUGUGCGGUUCCUGAUGUAGCGCCGGCUUAUUUGGUGGAUUAUCAUGCUGGUACGUUGAAUGAUAGAAGAUGCUAACGCUCUUAGAAGAAACUUAAACUUCAUCUGCUUGUUUUUCACCUUCAUCUUCGUGUGUCUGAGAUGAAUGUUCUACAGAGCACUCGUCCCUUCAUCUCCUCUUCUCUCCUCCCCAGGUCUCGCCAACGCAACUUUCUGUCCCGAACUACUCUCUACAACGCCAACGUAC